AUGACGCCCCCUCGAGACAAUACGUCGUCAACUGACGAUACCGCAUCGUCUCAACCCGCUGGCCUAGGUCGAACCCCUCCUCUGGUGAUUGUCUCCGAACGUGGGCGCCACAGCGAAGCAUCAAGACGCAUUGUGCGUGCGCAGGCUGCUCGAGCUAGUGCCGCUCAGAGCAGAGAGACCCGUGCCAGGAAUAGGGAAGACAGGCAUAAGGAAGGCCCGCUGUCACCAGGCGAGAGUUCUUCAUUUCAGACUCUGCAGGUUCCUCCUAAUCCAAAUCCGAAUACACAUACCCAGAAUGUUCAAUCACCGCCACCGCCACCGCCACAACGCCAGCCUUCCGCGCAGAAUCAGGUGCAGGACCGCAGCAACGAUGAUCAAGAAGGGACGAGCAUCAAUGCGCUCAAGCCACUGCUGAAUUGGAUCACCAAUGUGUUGCAUCUGUCGGCCGCCUCAUUUGCGGCAGGUGCUGUCAUGCUUGCUGGCACUGGUAUGCCACAGCUAGGCAACGCGAACAACGUCCUCUCAGCUGCAGGAGGCAUGAUUUCGGACAAUGGCGAUAAGAUGGAAGGCGUCGAUAUUAAUAAUGGUGGAAUCUUUAAUCGUCGGCUACCAGUCGCACUUCCAAGAGGCUUUGUGGCACUCCAAGGCCGCAUCCAGAUCUCGGAUCCGUUCAUGGUUCUCCUGAGUCGCACGGCAUGUAUCGACUUUAGCAGUCCCGGUGCCGAGAGCCGCCUGCAUGAGCUUCUCUUUGAUAUCGUCAUGACAUCCGCCACUGCCAAUAUGAGGAAUAGCGAUCAGCCAGGUCAUCCAAUCCAGAGACAUCUGCGCAUCGCCUGCACCUGUCUGACGAUAUUCCAAGGUCAGCGUGCUGAUGGCCAGACCUUCGCUUUCGAUCAAAAGUAUAACUCUGGACUCGAGGCAGCCUGGGCAGAAGUGAUCGCACUGGACCAGGAUGCGCUCAAAGAGCCCAAAUCAGCAGAGGCGGCUCUUUGGGCCAUCUUCAUCAUCAGCGUUACUUGUGGCUCGACGGUUGCCUUCUUCCAGCAGCUCCUGUGGGGCCUGAUGCAUGAUUUGCAGCUGCAGUACUGGGAGCAGGUACGCAAAGUACUGAUUGAUUUCAUAUACCCCGGCAGCUUUCUGGAUGCGCCGUGCAAGCGAUUCUACGAGAGCCUGAAAGGUGGCCAGCUAGGACAGAUGGGUCCUCUCCUCGUGGCUUGA